AUGCAUUCUUGUGAAGAAGAUCCUGUUUCACAAGGUUCUGAAACCUUCCCAGAAGAUGAAGAACCGUGCAGCGAGAAAGCUGCCGAUUUCUGCCAGUUGCACAACCCUCCAUCCCCACCGGAGAUCGAGAAGCAAAUUGCUGUGGAUCCUUUAUCAUUGAGGGAACUGCCGCAGCUCAACGAUGAGCCCGUAUCGAUCCCUGUAGUUUCGACCGUCUCCAUGGUGCAUUCCACGGCUCUGCCGCCCCUCCGAAAGCCCAAGUUCGUCAGCGCCAGCCUGCCAUGCUCCGCGACCUCGUCUCCCCAGUAUUACGGCUCGGUGGCACCCAAGGCCGUCAAGAAAUGGAAUGAGCCGCCGAAUCAGGCACACCCGUUGGCCCGCCAGCAAUCCGUGGCACUGUCACGCUUCGCUCCCAAGCAGAAUGCUACGUCCCUCUCGAGGAGCAAGUCAUGCAGGGAGGGGAGGUCAUCUGUGCCGGCUGAUGAGUUCGACAUCCUAUCGAGGAAGCCCAGCACUCAGCGGUACGGCAGCGGAUCUCUGCUGAUUGAUGAAUCGGCCGAGAACUCAAGCUACUAUAAGGAACUUCCUUUUCCUCCUACACGAGCGAAUAUCAACGGCGGUGGCGACGACGACAACUUCAAGUGCGGCGCCCUGUGCUUGUACUUGCCAGCUUUCUCCAAAAGGAAGCCGGUGCAACUGUCGACUAGUAGCAGAAGUCACGAGCAAGAUCAACCUCGAGCAAGUACUAUUUCGAGAGCAUUUUCGUUAGAGAAGUUUGAGUGUGCGUCGUGGUCUUCUCCUGGUAUCCUAAUAGACAACUUUGGAGUCGAAAGCUCGGGAUCCUUCUUCGAUCUGCCAAUGGAACUUAUCCGGUGCAGCAACAAUGAGACCGAUUCCCCGGUCAGGACGGCUUUCCUUUUCGACAGCGACCGGAAGGGGGGCAUGAAGAAGAGCAGCACGUCCCGUCUGGCGCCAGGCAAGUCAUCACACGAAUUCUCGAACCGCCGUGGCAGAGCCUCUGUGUCCGGUUCAUCCUCGCAUUCGCCGUCGCCUUCUGCUGUGUGCAUCACACCAAGGCUGCGGAAGGCUAGAGCGGAGUUCAACGCGUUCUUGGAAGCGCAGAGUGCAUGA